UGAGUGACGUAUCCAUCAGCGCGAGUGACAGACGUGGUGCGGAUCCUGGUCCCGCGAUUAUCGAUUGAUUCGCGUAAUCCUGCCAAGGGCGAAAGAAAAAUCCGUGAUUUCAUUCUCUCCGGUGGAUCCUGGGCCAGAAGCAAGCCGUCAAAAUUGUGUGGACAAUGAGCGAGUCGGGCGUACGCCAGCGGAAGAAAAGUUCCGGCGGCGGCGGCGAUGGGAAGCCUCGGAAGGUGAAGGUUCCCCAGAGCAGUUCCGGCCAGGUUUCGCAAGCGCAACAUCACCGGAUGUGGGCACGGCUGGUGCUGAUCGUGGGGAUCUGCGUCGUUGUCUACUUUACUACCUUCCGAACCAGGGAAAAGAAGUUUGCGACGCAGCGCGAGACGCUGGAACUUCGUUCGCAAAAGUUGGACUGCUCUAAGCCGUUCUUUGAGGAAAUCGCCAAAUAUUCUGGCUGCAUUCCGGCGCACUGUGGGCGGUUCGUGAGCGACAAGAUCGUUGGCGGUGCCGAGGUCGACAUUCUGUUAAAUCUUGCCAAGCAGGGCUUCCGCUUUGGAGGAAGCUCCGGUGGUGCUUCCAUAUUGGACCUUCAUUCGGGGGCUCUCUCAAAGGAGAGCCAGUUUGUCAACAUCUACAAAAUUCCAGAGGCAAAGCAAAUCUUCACCGCGGAACUCAUCAACACCUACAAGCACGUCAAGGAAAAGAUUCGCGAAGCGGUCAGCGAACAGUUCAAACUCAACAAAGAUUCCCUGCACCUGACCCAUCCGACGUUUUUCUCGCGCCUCACCAACGAAACGGCCAAAACCAUCCACGAUGAAUACUGGCACCCACACGUGGACAAGGAAACUUGGCCGGCCUUCCACUACACGACGCUGCUAUACUUGGCGGAUUAUGGCAGGGACUUCAACGGUGGCCGCUUCGUGUUCAUCGACAGUGAUGGUAAGCACAACAAAACGAACGUUUACAUCGAACCUAAGCGGGGCCGCGUCAGUGGGUUCACCUCCGGGGCCGAGAAUCUGCACCACGUGGAGCAGGUUACGAACGGGAUGCGGUACGCGAUUACGAUCUCCUUUACCUGCAACAGCGAACAUGCCAUGGCUGAUCCGCAGUUCUUCAUCGAGGAAGAUGAAGAACCUUAGAGACGCUUCCGGAAAUUUGAAAAAAGUUUCGGUGUUGUUUAAUUUGAUAGAUGCACUUUUUAUGAUUUCGUUUGCAGUAUUUUUAAACUAGAGAAUUUUAAAUUAAAACGCACUUUACCAAACUACAGUAUAGAAUUAAAGAACAAAGAGCACCUCGAGCAAUUUAUGCUACAUUUUAAUUUAUCGUUGAAUGUUCGCUUUUUUCUGCACCAAUCAAUGUGAAUUACAAUUUAGCAAUAGUAUUUAACCACAAACUGAUAUGUGAUUUAUUCAAAGUAUGUCAUUCCCAAAGUUUUAAACCAUUUAACCUUAUUGAUCUACUUAAAAUGAUUUUUUUUGAUCUUCUUGAUCAAAUUUAUAAAUUGAUUCAACACCCUCUACAAAAGGUGAUAAUUUGCCAUAAAUUUUUGAGUAACGUUGUAACUAUAAAAUUUAGUAUAAUCUUCUGAUUGUACCUUGGUUAGUCAAAUUAAAAAUGUAAUAGAAUAAAAAAA